AAGAUAAAAAGCAAAAUGUUGUCGAAGCUCCCUACACAGCGACAACACUUGCACCUCUCCCCCUCCUCCUCCAUGGAAACCGUCGGCCGUCCACGUGGCAGACCUCAAGGUUCCAAAAACAAACCUAAAGCUCCAAUCUUUGUCACCAUCGACCCUCCUAUGAGUCCUUACAUCCUCGAAGUGCCAUCCGGAAACGACGUCGUUGAAGCCCUAAACCGUUUCUGCCGCCGUAAAGCCAUCGGCUUUUGCGUCCUCAGUGGCUCAGGCUCCGUCGCUGAUGUCACCUUGCGUCAGCCUUCUCCGGCAGCUCCUGGCUCAACCAUUACUUUCCACGGAAAGUUCGAUCUUCUCUCUGUCUCCGCCACUUUCCUCCCUCCUCCGCCUCAGACUUCCUUGCCCCCUCCCUUCUCUAAUUUCUUCACCGUCUCUCUCGCCGGACCUCAGGGACAAGUCAUCGGUGGAUUCGUCGCUGGUCCUCUCGUUGCCGCCGGAACUGUUUACGUCGUCGCUACUAGUUUCAAUAACCCUGCCUAUCACCGGUUACCCGCUGCGGAGGAAGAGCAAAGAGACUCGGCGGAAGGGGAGGGCCAAUCGCCGCCGGUCUCGGGACACGUGGCGACAGGAAGUGGAGGAGAGUCGAUGUACAGUUGCCACAUGGGUGGCUCUGAUGUCAUUUGGUCUCCCAACGCCAAAGCUCCACCGUCGCACUGACCAAAUCCAUCUAGAGUUUCUUCUACUUUUGAUCAUCAAGAAUCAACAAAAAGUUUGCAUUUUUAGUCUUGCUAGAGUUUUUUUAAUAUCAGAAUUGACUCACUCUUUAAGCUCUUAAUCUCUCUCACACUUGUUCUCUAGCUUUUUUCUGCAGUGUCAAACUUCAUAUAUUAGUUUGAUUUGACUAUCCCCAAGUUUUGUAUUUUAGAGAUUAUCAUACAAAAUUUUGUCUGUC